AUGCCGUGUCUUAAACUGCCAAUGCUUCUUCCCCGGUGGAAUCAUCAUGAUGCUGACUCGGUGUCGGAGUAUAGUCCGUUGCUUCAACAUCAGCCACGUUCACAACCACAACCCCAACCCCAAGCACAGAAACAAGAAACACAAACCCUCAAAUCGAAAUACGGCACCUGCACAUCGAUCCUCCACUACGGCACGCACAGUUCCGUCCGUCUCUACUCCAAUACCAACAACAAUACCAACCCUAAGAAUAAGGAUAAACAAACCCUCCACGUCAUCAAAACCCUCCGCCCAAGCAGCAGCAGUAACACCAUCACCAGCACGCAACAAACCCUAAAAAACACCCUCGAAUGCCUCCUCUCCUCGACCCUCUCGCACCCCCACCUCCUCCGCACGAUCGAUAUUCUCCCCAACUCGCAACUGGAAACCUGUCUCGUGAGUGAAUAUUGUCCGCUCGGCGACUUAGGAGCAUAUAUCUCCUCCAUACCCUCCUCGUCUUCGCCCAGUAGAGGGGGGAAAGAAAGAAGAGGGAGGAAUCAAGGUCUAGAGAUACAAGAAGCGAAUAUCAUCUUCGCGCAACUCCUCAGCGCGAUUGCGUACUUGCAUUCAAUGGGGGUCGCGCAUGGGGGGGGAGGGAUCUGCAUCAAACUAACUGACCUCGGACACGCUACGGUUCUCGACAACCACCCGGUGUCUCCCCCUAGCCCAGGAACAUACACAUCGUGGAUGGAGAAGUGGGCGGAGAGGGAUGUGUAUUCCCUUUGUCUUGGGGUAUCGGUUGGUGUUGAGGGGCUGGAGCGGUUGUCUUCCGCAUCUACCUCUUCUCCCUCUUCGUUAUCUUCAUCAGGCCCAAGUUCCAGUCUACAUAUAAUCCCGAAGAGGGGGAAGAUGGGACCCUACGCGUCCCCUGAAACCAUCCCCUGCCCCACUACCAACACUCAAUAUCCAUAUUAUAAAGGUGGGUAUGACCCCCGAGCAUCAGACGUCUGGGCCGCGGGAAUCAUCUACCUGAUUAUGCGAAUGGGACGAAUUCUCUGGACCUGUGCGGAUGAGGAAGAUACCCGGUAUGAGGAGUAUUUAAUUGGGAGGCGGAGAUGUGAGGGGUUUCAGGGGGUGGAGGGGUUAGGAUCGAUGCAAUGUCGGAAUGUCAUCUACGCGAUGCUGGAUCCUGAUCCGCGGAGGAGGAUCCGGGCGAGCGAGGUGGUGAGGUCGGAGUGGUUGUUUGGGUAUUAUUCUUAA